AUGUCCGAUGCUUCAGAGUCCGAUUAUGUUGAAAUCGCAGACGCCGAUGCAGAAAUUGAAUAUUCCAAGAGGUAUUUGAUGGGGUUCAACUCCCAUGGCAGUGGUCCGCCGUUGAGAUUCCACGAGCCCAAUCCGGAAGUUCACGAGAUGUGCGGCAAACGCAGACUUUUCAAUGUGGCAAUCAACCCGGAUCCGGAACUGGCGCAGUUCCAAAAAGAUAUAACAACUGUGACAAAUUGGACAAGUAGGUUUUAUGUUGAGCCCAUGGAGGGCGAUCCUUUUGAAAAGGAAAUAGCUCAACUUGGUGGUUCCGCCGCGAAGCGGGGGAGGGGGAGGGGGAGGAAACAGUUGUUUGCUGUGUAUCGAGAAGAUCCCAUAAUUGUGAAUCCAAAGAGCUUUGUCUCGAAGCUAGGGUUCCUCCACUAUAAUCUACAUCGAGAACCACACCGUCGUGGAAAACACUGUUACAAGAACAAGAUUCGGAGCUUCUAUUAUAGCAGUGAUCUUCUGGCCAAGGAAUUGGCGCAUCAGCAAAACAAUUUAUGCCUGUUCCAAGCUGAAUAUUCGCAUGUUAAUGGAGAGGAUGACAAAGAUGAAGACCAGCCAUCGAUAGUGGAAAACUUGAAAGUUCCCGUCAAGGAAUGGAAGGGAACCUCUACUAGAGGAAUCUUUGACUCGCAAUGCAUGGUGUUGACAAGUCGAGGCUUUAAGCAAUUGAACGAGUUGGUGGAUGUUGACGAUUUGCAAAUGGCCGCGUUUCAUAAACAGCUGCAAACCAUAAAAUACAUUAGUCCCUUGUGUAUUAAUAUCGUCAAUUCACGUCGUCACCAAUUAACACGCAUCCAUAACUUGUGGUUUGGUGUUGAACAACCAGUCUUGACUUUUAAUCACCACAGCAAGCACUUUGAACGAACUACACUAGAGGCCGACUCUUCGUAUCGUCUUUUGAACCAUGCGUUCAAUGGUCUUGCUGAUGCCACGAUUGAUCGAAGUGAAAUCACUCGGUUGAAGCACCAGCUUGAUUUGCAUAGUGAGCAGAGUUGGUUUAGCUUCUUGGGACUCGUGGCGUUUUUCCUUGUAGGGAAUGGCUGUCUUACAUAUGACCACCAUCGGUGCAGAUACAUCAGGUUUCAGCAACAUAAAUCGGUCGAUGCUGUCUAUCUCACCAAGAUCUUUCAAGAUCUCAACUUGACCGUGGAUGAUGAUUACACCGUUUGUCAAAGGACAAAAUACUCGCCCAAUUUGGUGCCAUACACACUUUGCACCAUCCUCGUUACUAACCAGCGACUCCUCAGCUAUUUCCACGACACGUUUGGCAGUCACUAUAGUAGCAGUCCCACGUACAAUGUAGCACAUUGGAUGUCAAAGCCCUUGCAAAAGUGUGGAUUCAUCUACAGACUAACGCAACGCGAACUCCACCAUUUCAUCGAGGGAUUGAUGUUGUCAAACGGCAGUAUAGGACCAGACCCUUGCGUGCGGACGAGUUUCAAAGAGACGAGCUUGGCUUAUUAUUCGAUUAUCACAUUAGCUGGCUGUAUUCCCCGGAUCAAGAGAUACCCAAGUGCGGGCUUGCAACACCACAAACCAGAAAAAGCCACACCCCAAAGGUCUGUCUCCAUAAAAAGAGAAUCAGCCCAAACACAACAACGAAAACAGCAUCGACAACAAGCAAAGCAACUACAAAGAAAACAAGAUCGGUUCCAUGUCUUUGCUCUUAAUCCAAAGGAAGACCGAUCAAGAGAAACGCCAUUGCAAAUUGGUAACAGAGGCUCCAAUAAACGCAUGGCGAAAAAAAGUGUCAAGCAAGGCAAAUUGUAUGAUAUCAAAUUGCCAACAGGUUAUCAUUUGAUCGUGGGAGCUUCGUUUGGAGGAAAUGCUCUUUCGUGGCCAGUAAUCGUUUGA